AUGUGCGUGAAACCGAUGGAGGAGAACGAGGAGGACAAGGUUGUCAGCAUGAUCAUCAACUACUUCACUGCCAGGAAUUUCUUCUCGAAGAGGUCGUUCCGCUCGAACCCGCUGAAGAGGACGAAGAGCGUGACGAAGCUCGAGCGACAGAAGCAACGUGGCGCCGGUCUUCGGGGUUGCCGUUCACACGAGUCCCUUCUCUGCGGACAGGCGGUGACCUCGAUGGACCUAGCGGCCGUGACACCGCUGCAUCCGAGCCUGCUCGGCAGACCUCACUGCUUCCAGGUCACGCCCAGCACCGGCGGGCCCAAGUAUUUCAGUUGCAGGACCGCUCAUGAACGGGACCAGUGGUUACACAGUUUAAGGAAAUCCGUACAACCAGACGCGGAGCAGACGAGACGAACGGACAAUUCCCUGCAGAUCUGGCUGCUCGAGGCAAAGGGUGUGCCAGCGAAGAAACGAUACUUUUGCGAGGUCUGUCUGGACAGCACCCUGUACGCAAGGACCACCGCGAAAUUAAAGGCCGACCUUUGCUUUUGGGGCGAACACUUUGACUUCCAUCAUUUGCCGUCUGUAAACACCAUACAAGUGAACUUGUACAGGGAGGCUGACCGAAAGAAGAAGAGGGACAAGAAUGUAUUAAUCGGUUCGGUCAGCAUACCCGUGCACAACGUAACGUCGCGUUAUCUGACCGAGAAGUGGUACCCGGUUGUCGGUGACAAAGGUCCUUUAAAGGAACCACCGGCGUUAAGGGUGAAAUGCCGCUUCCAGUCUGUGGACAUACUACCUGUUCAGGUGUACCAGGAGUUCCUGGAGUACUUGAAGUCCGAUUACAAGUCACUGUGCGAGAAACUAGAGCCGGUGAUUGGCGUGAAAGCGAAAGAGGACAUCGCCACAGCUUUGGUGGCGGUCAUGCAACGGGAAAAGAAAGCGCCACAAUUUCUCGCUGAUUUGGUUAUGAUGGAUAUACACAGAAUAGAGAACUUCAUGGAAUUUAUGAACGACUUUCUAGAGCGCGAAGCUCCAUCCAUGAAGAACUUCCUACAGCUGAUCAGUAGCCCUCUGCCAAAAGAUGCCCCAGCCAACAAUUCCCUGGAAUUCGACGGUUACAUCGACUUAGGGAAACAAUUAUCCCUUCUGCACGCGCUUCUGCGAGAGAGUUUAGUAACAAUCACUUCCUCGUCGACGUCACUGCCCCCGACCAGGUUACCAGAGAUCCUCGAGAGGAUCUCCAUGGCUCUGGAUCAACCUGGCCCAAGCCCAGUGCCGACGUCUCAUCGCUAUCCGAAUUUACAGAACAAUAUAUUCCGUUAUAACGACCCCACAAUAGCGAAUAGCAACACGAAUCUCUCUGUGUCGGCGACGUCGACGUUGAGUAAUCACAGUACUUUGAACGGAACGAUCAGGGACAGCAACGAAGUCCUGCAAUCUAACACUCUGGGCCAUAACAGCUCGCGUAGCCCUAACGUUGCGAGGGCUGCCACUCUUCCUCGCAACGCGUACAUGCCGACCAACGGGAAGCUACAAUUGCAAAUCCCCACCGACGAUUAUCCCCUCGAACCACCAGCCUUUGUGUCCCGUUCACCAACCCCGAAUGUUCGACAGCACAGGGGGAUCGGGUCGAACAGGACCGGAGCGGGGUACAGACUGACCGCCAGCGCCAGUUUGGCGAACGUGAAUCACUGCCAGACGCAUCCCACAAGCCCCACUAGAUCUGAAAGUCAUAGCAACCUGAAGGAUUCAAACUACAACAUCACCACGUCACAGAACAACCAGUCGAAUAUUUGCACCAUCGUGUCCCAGCAGCAGCAGCAGCAGCUUCAGCAACAACAACAGAAUCACAGACACAAUAUAGCUCGGCUACAGAACCUGGACAUCCACGAGAGGGAGGACAAUAGGAAUCAUUGCAACAAAGAGGAGAACGCGAACCAAACGUCCCAUCAGAAUUACAACAACGUCUCGAAGACCACCGUGAACGCGAACGUAGUGGUGAAUCCAUCGUCCAAUCUGACGCUGUCCAUUAACCAUCAGGCGAAUAAUAAUUAUAAUAACAGCAAGACCAGUAACACGACUGCCAAUGGGAAUCUCGACGAGCUCUCCGACCUAUUAAGGUACGCUGACGAUGAGGUCUCUGAGUCCAAGUCGCAGAAGGGCUCUCAAAUAUCUAUUUCCCAGCUGAGCAACGUUGCUUCUUCCGGCUACCAGAGCUUCGCCGCUUAUAGUCAGAGCUCCAGCCCAGUGGAUCUCAGUAGCAAUAACGCGAACGCGCAUAUACUUAGCGCUGCGCCUCUCGCUUUUGCUAAUCCCGUUUAUCACAUGGAACCAAAUCAUGGUAGAAACGGCAGGAGAGGAAGCAGUAGUUCCGAGGAGAGGGACGGAAGCGGCGGUGGCGUCGAGGGCGUCAGAGGUGUCGACCUCAGUCCGUCACCUCCGCCACAGAAUAACGUCAGGAACCUUCAGAGGAACAAUCAGAACCAGUGGAGGCAGAAUAAUCAGACGCAUAGGAACAAUUCGGAACAGAAUCAGAGCGUUUUCUGCACGAAGCUCAGGAGAAGGUUGUCGCUGGACUCGACGAGGGACUUGUCUGACACCAGCGAGGAGGAAAACUGUACCACCAGGAGGAGCAAGUCGCGUAGUCACCGUAGCGCCGAGCAGUACGAAGAUGAAAUCAAGAGUCUGCAGAGUAGCGUAGAUCAACUGAGGGCCCGGUUAGGCACAACCGAGGAUACCGAUAUAGAUGACGUUGCACCGGAUACCAAGAUGAAGAGCAUCAUUUCCAGGUUAAUCUCCGUGGAGGAGGAGCUGCGUCGCGAGCAACAGAAGAUGUCGGCCACGUUGUCGUACAAGCAGCGCGUGAUCGACGCGCAGGAGCAGCAAAUAGCCGCCCUGGACGCCGCGAAUUUGCGUCUGAUGACGUCAAACACAAGACUGUUGUCCGCAUUGAGCACACUGAAGCAACGGUACAACGCGAAGACCCAGUCGAGCAGUGAGGCAGCCGCGUUGCUGCAGAACAUCGCCGACAUCGGCGAGCUGAAGAGCUCCUCCUGUUGA